UCGUCAUCCCCAGACCUUCUACUUGCCUCUCAACGCUACUCUCCCGCUUCUCCCUCGUACCAAAUCUCAUCUACAUUAACAACCAUCUUACCUAUUCAUCAUUGCCGUCAUUCCUCACAAUCAAUCCUAAUUUCAGUGCAGACAUACAGACACUCCUUUGCGUUAUUCCCUAUCUACGCACCACCAUAUCCAGCUGCGCCUCCUCCAUCUCCUCCCAACACACCCCAUUUCUGAGACUGACAACAUCUUGGACCCCACGAUCCCUUAAAUCAAUUCUUCGACUAGUUUCACCUGUGCACUUGCCACCGAUCUGUUGUCCCUCCGACUUUGUCCUCGACCUCCAACCCAACCUUCUUGCGACCCUCCUCUCAGCUUCAUAACCAUUGCCGCCGCCAUCCAGCCACAAAGUCCAAUCUCCAUCCCCCGAUAACACAAAGCCACUGUUCUGUCCACGGUUACACAACUAGCGAGGAACCCUUUGCGAGUCGCUCAUCCUCCCUCUCUGUCUCUCUCUCCCCUCCCUUUCUCUCCCUCCACGGCGGCGUUUCAUCCCCAGCCUUGAGAAUCCAUUGAUCAUAUCCUUCUCAUCUCAACCCGUCCAACCUGUCGGCCGUGUCCCUUAGCGAGCGUCACUCGGCGAUACCUGAACCGAGUUGACUACGUUUGCCCCACAAUGGCCGACAAUCAGGCACAACAAAAUGUUAUGAGAAGGAAACUAGUCAUCAUUGGGGACGGCGCAUGCGGCAAAACCUCCCUGUUGUCCGUCUUCACCUUGGGUUAUUUCCCUACCCAUUAUGUCCCCACCGUUUUUGAGAACUACGUUACAGAUUGUCGAGUCGAUGGAAGAUCUGUCCAACUAGCUCUAUGGGAUACCGCUGGUCAAGAAGACUACGAAAGAUUAAGGCCGUUGGCCUAUGCAAAAUCACACGUUAUCCUGAUCGGCUUCAGUGUCGACACGCCUGACAGUUUGGAGAAUGUUCGACAUAAAUGGAUCGAGGAAGCUCGAGAAAGGUGCCCCGAAGUGCCCGUUAUCCUGGUCGGCCUCAAAAAAGACCUCAGAGAAGAUCCCGUCGCUAUCGAGGAAAUGCGGAAACGAAGCCAGAAAUUCGUCACACCCCGAGAAGGUCAGGAGAUGGCACAGGCUUGUGGAGCCCGAAAGUAUCUCGAAUGCUCAAGCUUGACAGGCGAAGGCGUCGAUGAUGUCUUCGAGGCCGCCACUAGAGCUGCUUUGCUCAACUUCACCGACAAACAAGGUGGUGGCGGCUGCUGCGUCAUUCUAUGAUUUCCAACCUCCACCCCCCUUACGACCAUUCUUUAGCGCCAGUAGAGACAAGGAUCAAUCCUUUUUCUCCGCAGUGGAGGUAAUCUGCAAGCAACGACUCUUUCCAGCACGGUGCCUUUCAAUCACCAAAGGAAGAGAAAAAAAAGGAUAUUUCUUGCACGUUGGGUCACCAUGCCAGCAUUUCUCGUGGAGUCUUGCAAUUGGGAUUAAAAGCGCACACCCAGUACACCAGGCUGAUUGGGUUCUCGUACCACAGGCCUUGAAUACGCCUUGGACGGGCCCACCUCUGCUUCGCUACCUUUUGAUGUUUCCGACAUUUAGCGAUGACAAUGGAUAAAUCUGCCACUUUUGUCUUUUGAAAGUCUGUGCAUGGACAUAGCACCUUCAGCCAGUCUUUGACCACUUGAGUUAUUGCGACCGUUUUGGGCCGAACCAAGGAAUGAAACGAUCAGAAUAUAAGCGAUUAUUCGAAUACGCGACAAUCAUGAACCAAGAAAACAAGCUUGUAUCCUGUUCAUAAUAUGAUAUAUUGUGAGCUGAAUCGCUUUUCUCUCCCAAGUACACAUCAAAGAGAGAACAGGAGCAUAUAAUGUGAAUGAUUUCUACCUAAGCAGCCACUUGUAAUCCAUUCCAUGCUAUCUCACUGACGAGUUCUUGGUCUGGAGAAUAGACCAUGAUUUUCAGACCACCAAAAAGCAC